UUUGUGGAUGAAUUGAUGAAGUAUAAUGAUUUAUGCAAGUUACAUUGUACUAUUGAUUCAUCAAAUGAAGAUGAGAUUAUCAGGAGACCAAAAAGAAAAUAUGCAAAAACAGAAUAUAAUGAAUUUUUGAGCACUGAGAUGCAUAAGAUAGUAUCUAUUAAUCCUGAUAUAAAUCAUACUGAUUCUUUCAAGAUAGCAGUCGAGGAGUGA